AUGCCUUCUCGUUUGGGCAUCAGUACCAUGUCGCUCGGCCGAUGCUGGGCUGGCCACAGCUUUGAACAUAAGAUGGACAUGGCAGCCAAGUAUGGCUACCAGGGCAUCGAGCUUUGGCACGAAGACUUGAUGGAUGUGGCCGAGCAGCUGCCCGGCGGUGCUGCCCUGCUCGAAAACCAACUCGCCGCAUCCGGCAUCGUCAAGAGGAUGUGCGACGCCCGCAACCUCGAGAUCAUCUGCCUUCAGCCUUUUAUGAAUUUCGAAGGGCUUGUCGACCGCCAACAACAUGCACGCCGCGUCGAGGAACUACGUGUUUGGAUCCAACUCGCCCACGUCCUCGGCACAGACGUGAUCCAGAUCCCAAGCAACAUCUUGCCGGCAGACCAGGUUUCCGAGGAUCUUGAUCUUCACAUUGCCGACCUUGCUGAGGUUGCGGACAUAGGCGCCGCCUCCGAACCCCCCAUUCGUUUCUCGUACGAGUCUCUCGGUUGGGGAACGAGAGUUGACACGUGGGAACGCUGCUGGGAGGUUGUGCAACGGGUUGACCGGCCCAACUUUGGCAUUUGCCUCGACACGUUCAACAUCGCCGCUCGCAUCUUUGCUGACCCCGAAGCGGCUUCUGGGAAAGCCCCUGACGCUGAGCAAGCCGUCAAGGAGUCUAUCCAGCGGCUGCUCUCGGCCGUCGACGUCUCCAAGAUUGUAUACGUACAAGUCGUUGACGCAGAGCGCCUCGCCGAACCCAUCUGCAAAACCCAUCCCUUCUACAACCCUGAACAGCCAUCACGCAUGUCGUGGUCAAGAAACUGCCGCUUGUUUUACGGCGAAUACUCCAGAGGAGCGUAUCUCCCCGUCCGGGAGAUUAGCGCCGCGAUUUUCCAAGGUCUUGGUUUCGAGGGCUGGGUCAGCUUCGAGCUUUUCAACAGGAGGAUGUCCGAGGAGGACCGUGAUGUCCCUGAGGAGCUGGCAAGGAGAGGAGCUGUAGCUUGGACCAAGUUUGUAAGAGAUAUGAAGUUAAGAGUAAAUGAGCCGUCGAAGACGACGGUAACGGCGUCACUAUGA